AUGCAAGGUAAACUGCAUUACGGGCGUACCAAAACGACGAGAAUCGGCUCGAGCAGGCUUCCGCACAGAAAGUAUAAGCACCACCUCGGAGACAUCACUGCUCCUCGAUUUACGGAAAAAGACAAUGCCAGAGAAAUGCAGGAGUUGUCUCAUGAAGAGAGAGAUGCGAUUGAGGAUGAUCUCUACGGAAUAUCGUCAUUCGAGCCUUUCCCAGAAACAGCAGAGUUAAAAGCGAACGCCAUUCAGCAACUCGAUGAGGCUAUCGCGUUAGUAUCCGACGCUGAGAAAGUCCAUUAUUUAAAAGCGUUAAAAACCUGUCCCCAGCUCGUGCGACUCGAGUCCGAUCCGAUCUUAUUCUUGAGAGCCGAGAGCUUUAACACGUGGGCCGCAGCAGAGAGACUGAUCAAAUACUGGUCUAUGCGCUGUAAGAUAUUCGGAGAGACUGCUUUCCUUCCCAUUGUAGCAACCGGGCACGGUGCUUUAAGUCGAGCAGCAACUGCCAUGUUGAGUGAGCAUUAUUGUUUGCCCCUCAAGGAAGAUUCCAAGGGAAGAGCGGUCGUCUACUAUGAUCGCUCUAGGCUAAAAAAUUCUACCGAAUUUCGGAAUGCCAUUCUACAAGUUUUUAUGUACACUUUAAAUUGUUUUAUAGCGGAAUCAGAAGCGGCGCAAAAAAGCGGGGUUGUUCUUCUGGUGAAUGCACGGGAUGCCAGUGCCGCCCACUUUGAUCGCAAGCAAGCAAAAGAUGUCCUAUCGAUACUUCGAGACUGCAUGCCAGCGAAGCUCAAAGCAUCCCAUGCCUGCUUGCCCCUUAGAAAGUCUCCCAAGGUAUAUAUACUUCCAGUACUGCUUCACUUGAUGGGUAGACGCUUUCGUCAUCGUUUUCGGUUGCACUGCGGAAGCGAUGAAGACAACAUGAUGGCGCUCGAAAAAUAUGGUUUGCUUACGGCACAUAUUCCAAAAGAUGUCGGUGGCACGUUGGAUGUCCAAAUAGCAUGCCAAAGUUGGCUCGCUUCAAGGCUAGAAAGGGAACGUUGGCAAGAAGAGUCAGGUCUCUACAAGCACAGUUUUUGAGCAAUUUUUUGAAUACAAUGCUUUCUGGGGAGAAAUGUGUUACCAGUCCGCACGUUUUCUCUUCUCUCCAAUGCGAGCCUCUAUUAAAAGAAAUCGAAGAAAGAUUAUAGGUCAUUUUUUUCUCAUG